UAUAUUUUCAUAAGUAUUAUUAAUUAUUUUAUUAUGUUUUCAUUAAAACUUUACAAGUUUAGUUUUGUAUUUUUUUAUGUGAUUUUAUGUACAAAAGAAGAAAGGGGUACAAACAAAUCAGUAAAUGAGAUAGAUACGUUACUAAUGUAUUCGGGAUGGAAAAAUUUAAACGAUAUUAUCAGAAUAACUUAUUUGACUAGAAAUUAUUAUCUUGAAGAUCUGAUUCAAACACCUACACAUCGCAAUAAAUGCUAUCAAAAAAUAAGAGCCUUAACUGCAUAUCUUGGAUGCACAUACGCUAAAGUUAUAAAUGAUCUUUUUUCAGUUAUUAUCAUCGUUACACAAAAUUGUCAAAAAAAAAUUGAAGAAGAGAACGACUUAAAAUAUGGAUGCAUUUGCACAGAAGAAUUCAUAAACAUAAUAUCCAUGUUAGUUGUUCCAAUGACAACAUUGAUGAAAGGAGCCAUGGACACUUUGGAUUUAUUACAUAAAAAACCAUGGCAAACUAUAAAAAAACCUCACUUCCUGUUAAAUUCUUUAUUAGGGAGAAUAGAAAAUAUUCUUGACAUAUUAAACAAACUAACUUUAUCACGUAAUGAUAUAUCUUCAUUCUCUAAGGCAUUAUUUAUUAUACAUUCAUUUACUCAAAGAACAAUAAUAAAUGUAAAUCAUGAAACUCUAUUGUAUUGUAAAUUUGUAACUUAUGACACGAAUUAUUUAUGGAAUAAAUGGGUUCAAGAGUAUGAAGUUAUUAGUGACCAAGGUAUUAAAUUAGUGUUUCUAAAAUUUAUAAGUAGAAAAAUUAAGGAUUAUGUUAAUACAAUAAUUAUAGAAAAGUAUUUUCAACUCGGAUUUAAAUUUGAUCCAAUGACUGAAGAAACAUUUAUACCAACACCACAGGAGCUAAUUGAACUAGAAUUGGAAUUUAAAGUAAUAGAUGCAACUGUGCCUCCAACACCAAUACAGAUAGAAAAUCAUUAAAUGUUUAUUUUAAUUAAUUUCGACUUAUAUUUAUAUUUCAGAGUUAACUACAGUUUAUAUAAUUAUUUUGUUAAUCUUUAAAUAGUUAUUAAAACUCAAUAAUUAAUUUUUAUUUUUAUUUUAUUUUUGAUCAUUAAAUGUUAUUGAUAUAAUUAUAGAAUAAUAUUAAA